UUAUGGCGGCAGCGGCGGCUGUGCGUGUGGCCAUCGUCUUUGCUCUCUCUCCUUCUCUUUCUCCUUCUCCUCCACAAUUGCGCCCUUCCAUGAGCGCAUGCAGGCCGGCGUGCCUUCCAUGAUGGGCAUGCCGCUGCAGAUGCGGCGGGUCGUCUCGCUGGACUGCUCGGUGCUCGGACAAGUAACCUUUGGGGCCUUCUUCCUACUGAGAGUCGACCCCUUCAGCAUCCGCGCGGAGGAAUAGAAGAAAUCGACGCCAAAAUAUAAAAUGAAGGCAGCAAUUGGUCGCCUAACACAGAGACACAGAUACCCACAUACAGAAACAACAUCAGUCACACACAUCACAUACAGGGUGGGAACAUGAACACAUGGAUGUGUGCGUGCGUUGAGUGUCUCUGUUGUCCUCACCGAGAGGUAGUGGUCGAUGUGGGCGUAGGCCUCUCCCGCUGCGAUGCGGGCAGCCAACUCGUGGCUGUUGAUGAGGCGGUGGCGGCUACGGCUGCGAAUCGAGUCGACAUCGGCCCAGUAACCCCGCUCCAACGGCACUGUGGGCACCCAGUGGGGAUGGAGUGGCCGUCGGCGAGCAGCUCCACACGCUCCUGGAAUAUCACGCCCCUCACACGCCCACCCAUGGCCGUCAGUGUCUGCAGCCGCCCCGCCACCCCGUUGCCGCGCACCUGCAGGUGGACAGACAACGGCAAGACACAUGACACAUACGUGUAUGUUGCCCAAUACAUCAUGCGUGUGAUGGUGUCUUCCUGCUCUCCCCGAGUCCCUUCUCCCUCCCUCACUUCAGCCAGGAACAGGGCGGAUGAGUUUUCGGCGUGGCGGUUGAUCCACGUGUGUAUGUCGAGGUUGUUCAGGUUCUCGUAGUAGUCCACACUCAGGGGGCUCGCCUGGACCUUGCGGCCGUCGCCGUGCCUGUAGGCGGCAUUGGGGAGCGCUGGGCGCCCGUCCUCCCGUGGUGGUAGCAGCGACUGCAGGUCGUACAUGCCGCUUUUGGUGUCAAACCACGGCCGAUACCUCUGGUGCGGGAUGGAGCCCUGAGGGAGCUGCUCGAACCACCUCAGGGUACGCAGCGGUGCGCGUCGACUGCCGAUGAUAAGCCUGUUGCCGUCGAACACGUGGUCGGGGCGUGUGGGGUCGACGCGGCAUGCAGUUGCAGCGCCUCGUACGUAGUCACUGAAACACACAGACACAAAAACAGACAUACACGAAGGCAUACCAGCCAUGUCGCGACUAUCUGUCUGACUCUAUGUCGCUCCUUACGGUCGGGGAGUUGGUGCAUGCCCGCAGCAGCAGCAGCCGCAGGGCCGGCGCCCGGGGAGGGCGGCAGGAAGCCCAACCCCGCCAGGUUGUCCAAGUACACUGUACCGCCCGCUGCUGCCGGUGGCUGCUUGAGCACAAUGCGGGCGUGUGUGGCGAAGGUCUGCCGGGGGCGAGGUGGGGCGGAGUGGCGAAGGACUAUCUCGGCAUCACGACUGAUGGAACACAGAGGCAGCAAGCACGUGGUUUGUGUCUGUUGGCCUUGCUCGCCCCGUCCUGCUUGCCCUCGGUGAAGGGUGGGUGGUGUUCUCCUAGGUGGCACCGUCCUUGGGCAGCUCGUACUUGGCCGCUAUGUAGGCCGCGACUGCGGCAUCGAUGGCCAGGUCAUGCUCGUCCACCGCCCGCUUCUUCUGCUGCUCGCCACGCCGCCUGUUGAUGGCCUCCUCCCUCUUCUCGUUGGCGGCCUUGAGGGCCAUGCAGGCCUCGUACGCAUCCUCGACCUCCUGGCGUUUCUGGAUUCUGCGGCGGUAGGCCCCGCUGAUCUCAUGCAACUGCGAAUUGUGAUGCACAUGAACAUUGGAAGAGAGGCGGCACGAGAGGAAUGCAAAGCGCGUGGUGCCUUCCUUCCUCCCCUACCUACCUCGGCCAAAAGGUCCUCCUCCUUCCUCUGACGCACCAAACAUAUACAAUGCCCUUCUCAGUCUCGCCAAAACAAGAUCGUGGUGUGUAUACAAAUGGACGUGUGCAUCAGACACACCUGGUUCGGUCGUGGGGGUCUUCCCUUGUUCCAUGAGCCCACGUCGUCCUGCAGCUAGGCCAAAAUAUGUUCUCGGUGGCCGCCGGAGCGGCCAAGUAUGCGAAGGAAAAAAAGAGAAGAGAAGAGAAGAGGGGAGACAUGAACAAAUCUGUCUGAGAGCCUCUUUCACCUACGUACCUGCGGCGCCGCCGGGGAUAUCAGGCGGACAGUGGGAGGCCAGCGAAGGCAGAAAGAGGCAAGAGAGCAUGUGUGGCGCUGCAGAUGCGUUCAGCUGCACGA